AUGGACACUGAAAUGACAUCCCCAGCUCCUGCAGCUAUCCCCGACACCAUUCUCCGCGACCACUUCCUUUCAAAGCCUCGACGCGAUGACAAUUACACUUACGCGACAUCAAUCCACAUCAAGUCCAAAGCCCAAGCCACGAACUUUGCGCGCACAAUCCACACGCAGCAUCCCGAACGCACCCUCGUCCUCUGGAUCAACAGCAGCGUCAGCGGUGACCUGCGCAACGAACCCUGCGCUAUAGCAGUCGGUUACAACUCACCCACAACUUCUGCCUGGACCGCCCAAGUCACCGUCGCACACUACACCAGCGCAAACGAGGCCAUCCUACUAUCCAUCGGCGAAGCGCUCCGCGUCGCCGCAUCUCCCACGAUAACCGAGCAUAUCGAUCGCGUGCUCGUCUUCUCAGAUGUGCAACGUAUCCUGAAGAGUAUGAGGAUGGGCCAUCCGUUCGGUUUGGUCAAGGAUAGAUGGCUUGUAGAUGAUAUACCCUAUUUCAGCAAGCAACUAGCGGAGAAGAGCGUGGAAGUGGAGUUUCAUUGGUUUCCUCCGAGUCCCAGGAUAGAGCCUCACCAACGCGUGCGCGGCGCCUCGCAGCGGUUCAAAAAGCUUGCUUUAGCUGAGUACCCGUCUGAGUUACUCGAUCGGAGCGUUAGUUUUCCGCCGGUGAGACUGGACGGGAUACUCGUCACGGGAGGUGCGGGAGAAGACUUCGUGGGUGGUUGGCUAGGCGCUGCGCUGAAGGAUGUAAAGGUACUGCCGCGAAGAGAGCUGAGUCGUGACCUGAGGGUUCAGGCCAGGCAGGCUAUCAACCAGAGGAGGAAGGAGAGGAAGGAGAAGGCGAGGGCGAGGAGGAUGAAGGAGAAGGCAGAGAGGGAGAUUAAGAAGCUUGAGAAGGAGAUGAGGAAGUUGGCGCGUAAGAACGGAAUGAAAGUGGAGGAGCAGGAAGUGCUGGGUCUGGCGCGUGAGAACGGGAUGAAAGUGGAGGAACAGGAAGUUCAGGGGUUGGCAGAUGACAGUGAAAUGAAAGUGGAGGAGCAGGAAGUUCUGGGUUUGGCAGAUGACAGCGUGGCGACUGCAUACGAGCUUGUGGGAAAGAUUGAGAAGCAGGAGAGGCAAUGUAUGUUCGUGGAGGAGUUUGAGAAUAUGGAUUUAGUUUGA